UUGAGUCAGGACCUGUGUGACAGCAGAAUUAGGGACUAAAGUAACUAUUUGCUCAUAUGUAUUUUGCGGUUUUGGGCAGAAAGCAAGCAAGCAACUCAACAUUCUACGCAUGAUGUCGGGGAAAAGGAAAAAAAAGUCGAAAUCAUCAAUCAAAGACAAUAGAAGAGCUGCUGUAAAAAGUGACAAUUUGGAGCUGCAAACAUGGGCCGAUCUCCCUGCUGAAGUCUUGGAAUUGUUCUUGUCUCGUUUGGAUAUUGGGGAUAAUAUUCGUGCUUCAGCUGUUUGCAAGAGAUGGUGUUCAGUUGCCACUUCUGUACGUGUACUCGACCAAUCACCUUGGCUUAUGUAUUUCCCAAAAAAGGGUAAUUGUUAUGAUUUCUAUGACCCUGUUCAGCGUAAGACCUAUUCCCUUGAGUUGCCAGAGUUGGAUGGAUGUCGUGUUUGCUAUACAAAAGAUGGUUGGUUAUUGCUAAACCGGCAGGACUGGCGGAGGUUGGACGGAAAUCACAUUUUCUCUCUCUUUAAUCCCUUUACUAGGGAUCUGAUCACGCUGCCAAAAUUUGACAGGACAUAUCAAAUUGCUGCCUUCUCAUGUGCUCCAACAUCAACUGGAUGUGUUAUAUUAAUUUUCAGACGUGUUGGUUCUAGUCUUGUAGCUAUAAGCACGUGUUAUCCUGGGGAAAAAGAAUGGACCACUGUUAAUUAUGACGCGGAACUCUCAUGUAGCAUGUGCGAUAAGCUUGUCUUUUCUAAUGGGUUAUUUUAUUGUCUGAGCGACAGAGGUUGGCUAGGGGUGUUUGACCCACUUGAACGUACUUGGACUGUUUUCAAAGUACCUCCGCCCAAAUGCCUAGCAGAGAGUUCUACUGCCAAAAAUUGGUCGAAAGGGAAAUUUAUGAUAGAGCACAAAGGAAAUAUAUUUGUAGUUCAUAUAUGUUGUGGUGAGGACCCAAUAAUUUUCAAGUUAGAUCUGACACUAAUGGAAUGGAAAGAGGUGAGAUCACUAAAUGGAGUAACACUUUUUGCUAGUUUUUUGUCAUCUCAUUCUAGGACUUACGCCACUGGAAUAAUGAGAAACAGUGUCUACUUCCCUAAAGUCCGUUUCUAUGGAAAACGUUGCAUAUCAUUCUCUCUUGAUGACCGUAGAUAUUAUCCCAGUGAGCAGUGUCGUGACAAGGUAGAACCAAAUACUUUUGAGAACUUCUGGAUUGAACCACCAAAAGACUUUACUGGCUGGAUGUAAAAAAAAAAAAAAUUAGCGGAGCAAGAACUAGGAACGUUAUUGUCUAACAUGAUAUAUAUGUUUGAGUGCAGCAUUUGGAUUUAGCCUCUCGAAUUCUUUGCGAUUCUCCAUGCAGAAUGUGGUCCUUUCAUGUCACAGGUUCAGAGUUCACAGUUAAUUAGCAAAACCUAUUUGAAGGUUGUACAUAGGAAGUUAAUAUGUGAAGGAGUGGAUAUUCGUGAGAAGGAAGCGAAAAUAUUUAUCUCUUUGGUUAUUUUGUCUCUGAAGAUCCUGAAUUUCAUGAUUUUUCUCCCGCAAUGCUUUUGUGGAACAAUAGAGUUAUUUAUACUUCGUAGUUCAUACUACUAAUCUAUAGAUUUAAUUACUUA